UUACCGGAAAACGAAAGGAAGUAAAUUAUUUAAAUAAAUCCAAGAUCAAUGAUAAAAUAUAUUUAAAAUAUUUGAUGUUCAUGUAUAUAACAAUUUACAAAAUUUAAUUACCAUGUUCGAAUGGGCUUAUAGUGGUGCUAAUAAAGCUGUACCCCGAAAUGUCGGCCCUGAAUGUGCAUAUUAUUUAUCACCUCAAAGGCAAAUUAUCGAAACUAUAAUAGUAACAACGACCUGCGUAUACAUUAUGAUUAAAACAUUUCCAAAAUUGGAAAUUCCCAAAGAGAAUACGUAUAUAAAAUGUGAUAGAGGUGGUAAAAGACUACUAGUUAUUCUACUUGCUCUUUUAUGGGGAAUGGAAAUUGGUUUUAAGUUUGCAUCAAGGACUGUAAUAUAUUUGUUGAAUCCCUGUCAUGUUACAACAUUAAUUCAAAUUUAUUUAUUGGCCGCUCCGCCUACCAAGACAGUUACCGCAUUAUUCCGUAUUCACUUAAACUUAUUAAAUGGUCCGCUGUUAGCCUUUCUUUUUCCAGAGACAGCUUCAAGAACGAUUUUAGCAGAGGCUGCAUUGUACUGGAUACAACAUGGAAUGAUGUUUGUGAUACCCUACUAUCUAUUAAGAAUUGGUGGUGUAUAUAACGUAGAGCCUCUUUGGGAUUUUAAUUGGUCUAUUUUUAGCUACUGUUUAAAUAUGAUAUAUCACUUCAUUGUUCUGCAAGUGAUUGCAAUACCAGCUCAGGUGAAUUUAAAUCACAUGCUAUGCCCAGCAAUCUUGGAUCCAUUUGAUGGUCCUUGGUACCGCAUAGCGGCCGUGAUACACCAAGCCAUUCUUUGUCCACUUCUGUGCAAACUUUUUUGUUUGGUCGCCGAUUUUUGUUUGACAAAAUUCCCACCAACUAAAGUUAAACCACACAUGAAAGAUCAUUUACAAGAUAAGAAGUUGAAUGAGUAUGUUGAAUAGUAACUGAUAAACGUGUGACUUUCAUUAUAUAUGUAUGGUACAUUAUACCAUUGUAAACGUUCUUGGGUCGACCUUUCUGCUGUUACGUCUAUUGCUGAAUUGUUAUUGUAUUAAUUAUUAAGUACGAACAUAAUUAUUUGUAACUGCUGCAACAUUACAACUGAAAUAUGAUAUCGGUAGCGAAUGGGCUUAUUGGGUUAUAAUAUAACAUUUGCAAUAAUAUAUUAAAAAGUAAUUUUAUCAUACUGUAAGGUUUACGAGGUUUAUAUGUAACCCCCUUAGGUUUAAGAGUUUAGUUAGAUGAUUAAAAAGUCCUCUAUUUUAAGAUAAAUAAAUUGAUCGUUUAAAUUAAUGUAAUAGGGCGAAAGUAAUAUAGGAGUCACAUUCGAAAUGUGGUAUGUUGAAUUUUUGAAUAAGUAAUUUGUUUAAGAAAAUAAUAUGUCAACGCUAAGAUUAGGUUAAAAUAGCGAAUGGUCCGUCCAGGGCGUUUACGCCGUAGCUGGCAAGAGUUUAUAGUUCAAUUAUGGUUAUACGGGUAAUAUUAAUGUUACACUCUGUUAUCGUCUUACUGUCGGAACCUAAAGUGUACAACGAAUAAUUUAUUUAAUUAGAAACUCAAAAAAAGGCGCGAGCCCAUUUUCAAAGUUAAAUUUUAUAACGAUACUAUACUAGUCAGUUGUAUAUUUGAAUUCCAAGUUUAAUCAUGUCAUAAAUUUAUACAUUUGUUUUUUAAUCACAUCGUAAAAUAAUCCGUAAUAUUAUUUUACUCGGCUUUUUGCACCAUUUGACCUUCAAUCAAUACACUGUAAAAACAACGUUUAUUAAAUAAUACAUAAAUGCG